GUAUAGACACAGUAACUUUAACUGUAGUUUUGUGAUGUAUUAAAUUUAAAUCGGCGUCGUAAUCAGAAUCUUGCAAUAUGUGGUUGUGCAUGAUAUGUACUCCAAACAAAAGUCCUUAACUUUCGGCCAUUAUGCUCCUAAUGAUAAGGUGCUUAACAAGAAGAUACCCGAAAAUCCUAAGUAUAAACAUGUAAAGCCUGCGAUUGAUACCGGAAAAAAUGUUCGAAGACAUAUUGAUGAACUUAAAGAAAAACAAAAAAAUCUCAGUCAUAAAAAAGAUGAGGUUUUUAAACGAGUCAAAUUUUCUGCAUUUAUGAGAUUAGCUGUUGCAUCUGCAUUGGAAUGUUUGAGCACUCAAAAUGCUAAUGGUGAUGCCAAAGAAAUCACUGACAGUAAUUCUGAUGCAGAACCCAAUAAGCAACUUGAAAAUAAAAGGGUAGCAAAUGUAUUGAUUGGAAUUGGAGAGCUAGACAUUAUCAAUGAAAAAAAGAAACCACUUGCAGCUCCACUUGAGCCAGUAAAAAAACUCCCGUAUCUGUUGCUAGAUGUACGUGAUCGCGAUGAAUUUCAGCGAUGCCAUAUCUUAACAGCAAAGCAUUAUCCUGCAGCCUUACUUUCUCGUUCCAUGGGUUAUGAAACAGAAGAACUUAAAUUAUAUGUAUCCUUUUUUCUUCAGUGA